AUGAAAAAUCCAGAAGCCUUCACCGGAUUCACUCCCAAGCUCCAACUCACAGUCGAAAUGAAGUUCUUCACUGCCGCCCUCGCUGUACUCGCCGCUGUCGUUGUCGCAAGCCCCACUCCAGAGGCUCCCGCGUCGUUCAUCAUGACCGACGCCGAGUUCGACACUGGCUCGCCACCACCGACGCAGAAAUCACCUACGGUCACCUACUGCAGCCAGCGCGUGUUCAACGUCUGCGGUGGCGCUUGCACGGUGUACAACGGGGGUGCGACAUGUCUUAACGCACCCAACACCAACUGCCUUGCGGCCACGAACAACGUCGGGUUCUGCGACCGUGCUGGGUGCGGCGGUAGCUGCAACCAGCUUUCGACCUGUGGGACGCGUCUUGAUGGAGGGUUCUGCUACACCCCUGGCACUCGCUCCAUCCUCGUCGGAAAUUUCUAA